AUCGAACUCCUCCGACGUGCGGCUGUUGCGUCGGCUCCUGCUUCAUCAAAGCUAAUUCUCUGCCUUCAAAAUCUUCAGAGAAAGUGCGUCCAGUUCAAGCUAGGGCUCGCGGAGAGUUAAUUUGGCGUGUCCUCCGCGAAAUUCAUUCGUCGCGCAGCCGACGCUCUUCAGCAAUUGAGAAGCCACAGGGUUGUCUUCUUCUCUAUCCACCUUCCCAUUACGCUCGCCCCUGCUCUGUUCUAUCUCUCGCGAAUCUAGAAUUGCGAGCUCAGUCGUCUCAAUCAGGAAGUAGUAGCAUUUCCAUCUGACUGAUGUCCUCACAUUAAUCAUCUUAUACAAACAACCCUCCUUGAACAGGCAUCAUUGGCAGCACCUGGCUGAAGGUUAUAGCAUUGGCGUAAAGGGUUCGAAACUUGAAUAGAGUGAGGAGAUGGAAUUAGAUGAAUCUCCCUCCAGAGAGAAGCGAGAUGUGGGAGACGGUGAUUCCGAGGAAAUUGGUGGGCAUAAGUCUAGAGAUUCGAGUAAGCAUAGGAAUAAGGAUCGGAAAAAGAGUGGUCACCGAGAAGAGAAGGAUCAAGGGAACAAAGAAAAAGAUAAAGAAGCAAAAGAUGAUAGGCUCUCAAUUAGGGAUAGGCGGAAGGAUGAUAGAGAUGAGCGUGAGAAGGAUAGGAGGAAGGAAGAUGGAGAAGAGCACGAGAAGGAUAGGGGCAGGAUUACUAAGGGUAGAGAGAAAGAGAGAGAUUAUGAACAGCGUGACAAACAUAGAGACAAGGAGCGCGAGCGCGAGAGGGAAAAAGAUCGAAAGGAUAGACGGAAGGAUCGAGAGGUAGAAAAGGAGAGUGAUGACAAAGAGAAGGGGAAAGAGAAGAGUAGCAGGGAGAAAGAAAGAGAGAGGGAAAAGGAGAAGCCAAGGGAGAAGGAGAGAGAAAAGUAUAGAGACAAAGGGAGAGAAAAGGAGAAGGACAGGUUGACAGAUGAAGCAAAGGAGAAGAGCAAUAGGCAGAGGGACAGGGAGGAAGAUCAUGACAGAGACAGGUCUAGAGAUAAAGAAAGGGUAAUCAAGAAAGGGGAUGCACACGACUAUGAUAGGAGCAAGGGUGAUAGAGUGGAAUUUGACAUUGCCGAAGAAAAGGAAGAUGUUGGGCACGGGCAAAAUCCUGAUAGUGCUUCGGAUGGAGCUAGGUUGUCCGCCUCCGAACUACAGGGCCGCAUCUCAAAGGCAAAAGAAGAGAGACUGAAAAGACAGCCCGAGUCUGAGGGUGCGUCUGAGAUAUUGGCAUGGGUUAAUAGGAGUCGUAAGCUUGAACAGAAAAGGAAUGCAGAAAGGGAGAAAGUCCUGCGGCUAUCGAAAGUAUUUGAGGAGCAGGAUGAUAUUGGUCACGGAGAGAGCGAAGAUGAGCAAGAAGUUCCCAGAAAUGCUCAUGAUCUAGCGGGGGUGAAAGUACUUCACGGACUUGAUAAGGUUAUUGAAGGUGGAGCAGUUGUUUUGACACUCAAAGAUCAGAACAUACUUGCAAAUGGAGACGUCAAUGAAGAAGUUGAUAUGCUUGAGAACGUGGAAAUUGGAGAGCAGAAACAGAGGGAUGAUGCUUACAAAGCUGCCAAGAAGAAAACUGGAAUAUAUGAUGACAAAUUCAGUGAUGACCCUGCAUCGGAGAAGAAAAUGCUUCCACAAUAUGAUGAUCCGGCUCAAGAUGAGGGGGUAACUCUUGACUCAAGUGGACGUUUCACCAACGAAGCUGAAAAGAAACUGGAAGAGCUAAGAAGGAGGCUACAGAGUGCUUCUUCAAGUAGUCAUUAUGAAGAUCUCAGCUCAUCUGCCAAGACCUCGUCCGAUUAUUACACUCAAGAAGAAAUGCUACAAUUCAGAAAGCCCAAGAAGAAGAAAUCCUUACGGAAGAAAGAGAAGUUGGACUUAGAUGCCCUUGAAGCAGAAGCAGUUUCGGCAGGGUUGGGUGUUGGAGAUCUUGGAUCACGUAAGGAUGGGAGGAGGCAGGCUAGCAGAGAGGAACAAGAGAAAAUCGAGGCUGAGAUGAGAAAGAAUGCCUACCAAUUGGCCUAUGCUAAAGCAGAGGAGGCAUCUAGGUCACUGCGGGUGGAGCAAACUCUUCCUGUUAAGGCGGAGAAUGACGAAAACAUGGUCAUUGCCGACGAUGAUGAAGAUCUUUAUAAAUCUUUAGAGAGAGCAAGGAAAUUGGCUCUAAAGAAGCGAGAAGAGGAGGGAGCUUCUGGUCCUAAAGCGAUAGCUCUUCGUGCCACUCGUAUUCCCAGCACACACAAUGCAGAAAAUCAGAGUCUUGCGACUGGAGAGUCACAGGAAAGCAGGGUUGUCAUGACAGAAAUAGAAGGGUUUGUUUCAGGCCUCGAGGUUGAUGAAGCAUCUCGUAAGCCUGACACUGAAGAUGUCUUCAUGGAUGAAGACGAAGCACCGGUAACAUCUGAUAAUGAAAUAAAAGAUGAGCCCGGAGGCUGGACAGAAUUUAAAGAAUUUGGUGAUGAUGAAGGUCCUGUUGAUGAGGAUAUGGAGGAAGCUGUCCCAGAUGAGACAAUUCAUGAAGCUGCAGUGGGGAAAGGGCUGUCAGGUGCCCUAAGGCUGCUCAAGGAACGGGGAACGCUUAAAGAAACUGUUGAGUGGGGUGGUAGAAACAUGGAUAAGAAGAAAAGCAAGCUCGUAGGCAUUGCAGAUGAUGGACCGAAAGAGAUCCGUAUUGAAAGGACGGAUGAAUUUGGCCGAAUAUUAACCCCAAAGGAAGCUUUCCGAUUGAUUUCCCAUAAAUUUCAUGGAAAAGGGCCUGGCAAAAUGAAGCAAGAGAAGCGCAUGAAGCAAUACCAUGAGGAAUUGAAGUUGAAGCAGAUGAAGAAUUCAGACACGCCUUCUUUGUCUGCAGAGAGGAUGAGGGAAGCUCAAGCUCAAAUGAAGACACCUUAUCUUGUGCUUAGUGGUCAUGUUAAGCCAGGUCAAAACAGUGAUCCGAGAAGUGGUUUUGCCACCAUUGAGAAAGAUCCUGGGAGCUUAACACCCAUGCUUGGAGAUAGGAAGGUUGAGCAUUUCUUGGGGAUAAAGCGGAAGCCUGAGCCUAGUAAUUUGGGAGCACCAAAGAAGCCGAAAACUUGAAGUGUUCUUGACAGGUCUUCUAUAAUUUGUCAAGUUUGGAGCAACUUACUUUUGGAGCUGGAGAUGCUCUUGUUGCUUUCGAAGAUGUAGUUAGACCUGUAAUGCCAACAAGACAACAAGGUGGCAAUUUUUGAGAAUCCUUUGUUGCCCAAGAAUUUAAUGGCACCUUCACUAGCGAUCUUCUUCAUUGUUACUGUUCCUAGAGAUAGUUGUACAGAUUUUAUGAUUCACAGGUGGCUACAUCACAGAUGCUACUCUUGCUGUUAGAGAAAUGACCAAGCAAGUGAAAUGCCCUGCAUGUGUUUAUGGAGAGAUAAUGGCCAUCGGUGUAAACCUUGCUUUGAUUUGCUGGGCAUGCAUGCUCGUGUGCGAAUGUGGUUGGGUGUGUGCAUGUCUCUGCUUGUAUACAGCUGCGGUUGCAUGAUUUUGAGAACCUGUAGAACACUCAAGAAUCUUGCAAUGGGGACAUAAUUAUCUUUCUGAA